AUGGCAAUCACAAACACCACCAGCACCGUCCAAGCCAUCUUCUCCCUGCACGUCGUGACAGCCAGUAGCGCCCUCCUGCUGCUGCUCGCCGCAAUCUUCGUGCUCUUGCGUCAACUUUCCGGCAGACCUGGUCAGCCGCGUACAUUCCGGAAAUUCACACGGUCCACGGAUAUUAAACACAGCUCCCUAGCAACGCACCUCUUCCUCCUACUCGGCCUCUCCACCCUCUUCCUCGCCUACGCCACACAAUCCAGCAUCGUCGCCCUACAAUCCCGCCUUUCCUCCCCCUUCACCAUCACUUCCGCUUACGCCUACCCACAAUACACCGCACCCUACGGCUUCAACCCGUCGAUACAUUACGCCAAGAUUCUUUCCAUCCUCUCCUUCACCUACCAAUGCGCUACCAUACUCUUAAACACCGCUAUCGUAGGCGCGAUAUGGAUUACUGCCAAUUACCUGCAGAACAAUGGAACGGGUAUCAAGGAGCCAGGCAAGGUUAGCUGGAUGCUGAAUGGCGGGUGGAUGGCUGCUAUUCUCGGACUGGGAUUUGCGAGUUGGGGACUUGGGUUGGUUAAGAGGGGCAGUGGCGGUGCGGCGGUAGUGUACGGAACGUUGGUCCAGGGGGACUAUAUGGUGCGGACGUUGUAUGUGGUUUAUAUGUCUGUGGUCAUUGCGGCAUCGACCAGUGUGACCAUCGAAGCGGUAUUGUGCUGGAUUGGAGUUAAGAAGAACGGGUUCGCUGGUACUCGCUUCAAGUCUGCCUUGACCCGCUUCGUCAUGCUUGUUACACCGCUUGUUUGGGUCCGCAACGGGUUCUCCAUUGCGCAGCUCAUCAUCGUCUACCGUGAUGUAAACGCUUGGUCGCGCACUACCAACCAAGCCCUCGCGUUCUUGUUCAUCAUCUUCGGUGAACUGUGCGACCUGGGCAUCCUCGCCUUGGUACUUCUCGGUGCCUGGAGCUUCGGACGCAAAGAAGAGCAGGUACCGGUGCCUGCGAAGGAGGAGAGGUAUAGCGAGAGCAGUAUGGGAGAAGGCUACAGAGGCAGGCCGAGCACUAAUCCCCUGGUCCGUUGA